GGUGGGUCUUUCGGGGCUCCCGGCGACCCCUUCUGCCGACGCAACGCCGACGUAGGGUGUCAAGUGAACUUUAAAAAAGCUGCUUCGGAAGGACCUGCGCCAGGAUCUGCACUGUCAGAGACCCCGGGGAGGACCGGUCUGCCAGAGGGACACGCUGGGAGAUCUGAUCAGCCGGUGACCGGCAACUUUUCCGGGAGACUUUGCCCCGGAGAGCUGCGCUCUCCUCCUCUAGUUCUCCCACGUUGGCGUCCAGCUUUGGGGAGAGCUCGGCGCGCUCUCCGCCCGGGCAGCGAGCGAAUUGAAUCCCCUGCCCGCUCCGGCGCCCCCGGGCGGAUGUGAGUGUCGCUCUCGGCCCCUCCAUCUCAUUUCCCCGGAGGUGACCGCCCUCUGUCCCCCACCCUCGGUGCGCCCCAGCUCGUGGCGCCGAAACCAGCGUUUUGGCCGAGAAUCGGUUCUUGGAUGCUGAAGACUGGGCUCUUCCAGCGUGGGUGCCAAGGCGGUGAUGGGUGUCCUCAGAGUGUGGCUUCGGGUGGCCCUCGCGUUGGCGGAAUUUGCAGUGUUGCCCCAACAUUCCGAAGGUGCUUGUGUCUAUCAGGGUUCCUUCUUGGCGGAUGCCACAAUCUGGAAGCCUGAUUCAUGCCAGAACUGCCGUUGCCAUGGUGAUAUUGUUAUCUGCAAAACUGCUGUUUGCAGAAACCCUCGUUGUGCCUUUGAGAAGGGAGAAGUGCUUCAAAUAGCUGCCAACCAAUGCUGCCCUGAGUGUGUGUCACGGACUCCGGGAUCUUGCCAUCAUGAAAACAAAAUCCGUGCGCAUGGGACAGAGUGGGCCUUCUCCCCGUGUAGCAUAUGCUCUUGUACUCAUGGGGACGUCUGGUGCACCCCCCGCCCAUGCCCGCCACUGUCCUGUGGACACCAGGAGCUGGAAUUCAUCCCUGAAGGAAGCUGCUGCCCAGUCUGUGUGGGCCCUGGGAAACCCUGUUCCUACGAAGGCCAUGUGUUUCAGGAUGGGGAGGACUGGCACUUGAGCCAGUGUGCCAAAUGUGUGUGUAGAAAUGGGGUCGCCCAGUGCUUCACAGCUCAGUGCCAGCCUCUGUUUUGUAACCAGGAUGAAACUGUAGUUCGAGAACCUGGAGCAUGUUGCCCCCAGUGCUCUGCGCGUUCCUGCUCUGCAGCUGGCCAAGUACACAAGCAUGGUGAGCAGUGGAGCGAAAAUGUCUGCACCACGUGCAUAUGUGACCGGGGUGAGGUCAGGUGUCACAAACAGGCCUGUCCUCCACUAAGAUGUGAAAAGAGUCAGAGCAGGGCUCGACAUCACGGGCAGUGCUGUGAGGAAUGUGUGUCUCCUGCCGGAAGCUGUUCCUACGAUGGGAUUGUGCGGUACCAGGAUGAAAUGUGGCAGGGCUCAGCCUGUGAGUUCUGCGUGUGUGACCAUGGCCAGGUGACCUGCAAGACCGCAGAGUGUGCCAAAGUGCAGUGUGCCCAGGGUGAAGAAUUAAUUCACUUAGAUGGAAAAUGUUGUCCUGAAUGCAUUUCAAGAAAUGGUUAUUGUGUUUAUGAAGAAAAGGCAGAAUUUAUGUCCUCGAAUGCAAGUGAAGUUAAACGUAUUCCAGAGGGAGAGAAGUGGGAAGACAGUCCUUGCAAGGUGUGUGAGUGCCGGGGGGCUCAGGUAACUUGCUAUGAACCCUCUUGCCCACCGUGUCCGGUGGCCACACUAGCCCUGGAGGUGAAGGGACAGUGCUGUCCAGACUGCACAUCAGUUCAUUGCCACCCAGACUGCUUGACCUGCUCUCACUCUCCAGACCACUGCGACCUCUGCCAGGAUCCUGCAAAGUUGCUGCAGAAUGGACGGUGUGUGCACAGCUGUGGUCUGGGACUUUACCAAGCUGGCAGUGUCUGUUUAGCCUGCCAACCUCAGUGCUCCACGUGCACCAGUGGGCUGGAGUGCUCGUCCUGCCAGCCUCCCCAGCUGAUGCAGCAUGGGCAGUGUGUGGCCACCUGCGGGGAUGGCUUCUACCAAGAUCUCCACACCUGUGCAGUCUGCCAUGAGUCCUGUGCAGGCUGCUGGGGUCCGACAGAGAAGCACUGCCUGGCCUGCAGAGAUGCCCUGCAAGUGCUGCGAGACGGUGGCUGUGAGAGCAGCUGUGGCCAAGGCUUCUACAGCAGGCAAGGGACCUGCACUGCUUGUGACCAAUCCUGUAAGAGCUGUGGCCCCAACAGUCCCAGAUGUCUUACCUGUACUGAGAAAUCAGUGUUGCAUGAAGGGAAAUGCAUUUCUGAAUGUCCCAUUGGGUACUAUGCUGAUGACACUGGCAGAUGCAAAGUCUGCCAUGAGUCAUGUGCCAGCUGCUCCGGGCCCAGAGCCUCUCAGUGCACAGCUUGUGUCCAGCCCCAGGCCCUGCGCAAAGGCCACUGUCUGCCCAGCUGUGGAGAGGACUUCUUCCCUGACCACGGGGUCUGCAAAGCCUGUCACUCCUCCUGCCUGACCUGUGCAGGUCCUGAGCCCUCUCAGUGCACCGGGUGCCGGAAGCCAGAGGAAGGACUGCAGGUUGAGCAGCUGUCCGGAGCAGGUAUCCCUGCCGGCGAGUGUCUGUCCCAGUGUAGAGCCCACUUUUACUUGGAGAGCACUGGGCUGUGUGAAGCAUGCCACCAAUCCUGUCUCCAGUGUUCAGGGAAGAGCCCACAUGACUGCACAGUCUGCAGGCCUUCUCAUGUGCUGUUGGAUGGGCAGUGCCUCUCGCAGUGCCCAGACGGCUACUUUAACCAGGAAGGUAGUUGUGCAGAAUGUCACCCAACCUGCAGGGAGUGCCAUGGGCUGCUGGAAUCUGACUGCAUCUCCUGUCACCCUCAUGUCACUCUUACCAGUGGGAGCUGCAGGACCAGCUGCAAGGAAGAACAGUUCCUCAACCUCGUGGGAUACUGUGCUGACUGCCAUCCUCUGUGCCAGCACUGUGCAGCUGAUCUCCACAACACCGGGAGCGUCUGCCUGAAGUGCCAGAAUGCCCGCUACCUGCUGCUGGGGGAUCACUGCGUUCCUGACUGCCCUUCUGGAUACUACACAGAGAGGGGAGCUUGUAAAAGAUGCCACUCCUCCUGCAGAACCUGCUGGGGCAGAGGACCUUUCUCCUGCUCCUCUUGUGACACCAACCUCGUUCUAUCCCACAUUGGCACCUGCAGUACCACCUGCUUCCCUGGGCACUAUCUUGAUGACAACCGUGUUUGUCAGUCAUGCGACACACAUUGUCGAAGCUGUGAUUCACAGACGAGCUGUACCUCCUGCCGAGAUCCAAGCAAGGUCCUGCUCUUUGGAGAAUGUCAGUAUGAGAGCUGUGCCCAGCAGUACUAUCUUGACUUCUCCACCAAGACAUGCAAAGAGUGUGAUUGGAGUUGCAAUGCCUGCAGUGGGCCUCUGAGGACAGACUGCCUGCAGUGCAUGGAUGGCUACGUUCUUCAGGAGGGGGCCUGCAUGGAGCAGUGCUCACUGGCAUUUUACCAGGACUUGGGUCUCUGCAAAAGCUGUGACAGCCACUGUCUCCAGUGCCACGGUCCCCAUGAAUGCACCCAUUGUGAAGGGCCAUUUCUCCUCUUAGAAUCCCAGUGUGUCCAGGAAUGUGGGAAGGGGUACUUUGCAGAUCAUGAAGAGCAUAAAUGCACAGCCUGUCCUUGGGGGUGCCUGCAGUGCAGCCAUAGGGACCAGUGUCACCUCUGUGAUCACGGGUUCCUUCUGAAGAGUGGCCUCUGUGUUUCCAACUGUGUUCCUGGCUUCUCUGUUCACUCCUCUAAUGAAACAUGUGCUGGCAAAAUGCACACCCCUAGUCUUCAUGUGAAUGGUUCUCUGAGCCUUGCAAUUGGUUCAAUGAAGUCACUGGACUUUUCCCUCCUGAAUGUCCAAGACCAGGUUGGCAGGGUGGAAGAUCUCCUGUUCCAUGUUGUGAGCACUCCCACCAAUGGUCAGCUGGUGCUCUCAAGAAAUGGAAAAGAGUUUCAGCUGGACAAGGCUGGCCAUUUUAGCUGGAAAGAUGUGAAUGAGAAGAAAGUGCAUUUUGUGCACAGCAAAGAAAAACUCAGGAAAGGUUACUUUUCUCUGAAAAUUAGUGACCAGCAGUUCUUCUCUGAGCCACAGCUGAUCAACAUACAAGCAUUUUCAACACAGGCCCCCUAUGUGCUGAGAAAUGAGGUUCUCCACAUUAGCAGAGGAGAGAGGGCAACAAUCACCACCCAGUUGCUUGACAUCCGAGAUGAUGACAACCCACAGGAUGUGGUCCUUGAAGUGCUUGAUCCUCCGCUUCAUGGCCAGUUGCUCCAAACAUUUCAGUCCCCUGCAGCCCCUGUCUAUCAAUUCCAGCUGGAUGAACUCUCCCGGGGCCUUCUCCACUAUGCUCAUGAUGGCUCAGAUAGCACAUCCGAUGUUGCAGUCUUGCAGGUCAAUGAUGGACACUCCUUCCAAAAUAUACUGUUCCACGUGAAGACUGUGCCCAAGAAUAAUGGAGGUCUUCAGCUUGUGGCUAAUUCAAUGGUGUGGGUUCCAGAAGGGGGGAUGCUGCAGAUUACCAACAGAAUCUUACAGGCCGAAGCUCCAGGUGCCAGUGCCGAAGAAAUUAUCUACAAGAUUAUGCAAGACCACCCCCAGUUUGGGGAGGUGGUGCUUCUGCAUAAUAUGCCAGCAGACAGUCCCACAGACGAAGGGCAACACCUGCCUGAUGGGAGGACAGCAAACCCCACCAGCACCUUCACGCAGCGGGACAUCGAUGAAGGCGUCGUGUGGUACAGGCACUCGGGAGCCCUGGCCCAGAGCGACUCCUUCCGCUUCCAGGUGUCCAGUGCCACCGAUGCCCAGAGCCGCCUGGAGAGCCGAAUGUUCAACAUUGCCAUCUUACCACAGACACCUGAAGCACCUAAACUCUCUCCGGGAACGUCUCUCCGUAUGACCGCUCGGGAAGAUGGCCUGACUGUGAUUCAGCCUCAUUCUCUCUCUUUUGUAAACUCUGAGGGGCCAAGUGAAAGGAUUAUAUACAAUAUCACUCUGCCUCUGCAUCCAAAUCAAGGUAUCAUCGAGCACAGGCGCCAGCCACACACUCCUGUCCGGUAUUUCACUCAGGAAGAUAUUAACCAGGGCAAAAUCAUGUACCGUCCUCCUCCUGCAGCCCCCCAUCUCCAGGAGCUCAUGGCCUUCUCCUUUGCUGGUCUCCCAGAAUCGGUGAAAUUCCACUUCACAGUUUCCGAUGGAAAGCACACGAGUCCGGAGAUGGCCCUCACCAUCCACUUACUUCCCGUUGGUCGGCAGCUGCCAGUGUUCCAGGUCACAGCUCCUCUGCUUGAGGUCAGUCCAGGAGGCAGCACUUCUGUAGGACUUCGGUUGAUAGUAAGAGAUGCUGAGAUGGCACCUAAAGACCUCUCCUUUGAGCUUCGGAAGCCUCCACAGCAUGGUGUGCUCCUUAAGUAUGCAGGAGAGUCCCAAAGGCCCAUGGCCGCAGCUGACACUUUCACCUAUGACGAUAUUGAGAAAGAUGCUCUUCGGUAUAUACACGAUGGCUCCUCUGCCCGGGAAGACAGCAUGGAAAUCUCAGCCACAGAUGGUAUCACAGCAACAACGUUGGAAGUCAGAGUGGAGGUGUCCCUGUCAGAGGACCAAGGGCCUCGGCUGGCUGCUGGUUCCUCAAUGAGUGUAACUGUUGCUAGUGGAAGCACAGCCAUAAUCACUCGGUCACACCUUGCUUACGUGGACGAUUCUUCCCCCGACUCAGAGAUCUGGAUUCGGUUAAAUUCUCUGCCCACGUAUGGUACUCUCCUAAGAACCUCAGGACCUGAGGUGGAAGAACUCUCAGAGGUUUCCAAUUUUACUAUGGAAGACAUCAACAACAAGAAAAUUAGGUACUCAGCUGUGUUUGAGACGGGUGGUCAUCAAGUUACAGAUAGCUUCCAUUUCUCUGUCUCUGACAUGGACCACAACCAUCUGGACAAUCAGAUGUUUACUGUCAUGGUCACUCCUGUAGAAAGUCCACCUCCAGUCAUUGCUUUUGCUGACCUUAUCACGGUUGACGAGGGAGGGAGAGCUCCCCUCUCAUUUCACCAUUUCUUUGCUACUGAUGAUUAUGACAACCUCCAGGGAGAUGCCAUCAUUAAACUAAGUGCUCUGCCCAAAUACGGCUGCAUUGAAAACACGGGAACAGGUGAUCGUUUUGGCCCUGGAACUACCAGUGACCUAGAGGCAUCCUUCCCCAUUCAAGAUGUCCUGGAAAACUACAUUUACUACUUUCAGAGUGUUCAUGAAAGCAUUGAGCCAACCCAUGAUAUUUUUAGUUUUUAUGUGAGUGAUGGAACCAGUCGUUCAGAAAUUCACAGCAUCAAUAUCACCAUCGAGAGGAAAAACGAUGAGCCUCCCAGGAUGACCUUGCAACCUCUCCGAGUGCAACUAAGAGCAGGAGUGGUGAUGAACAAUUCUUCCUUGAGCCUGCAAGACCUGGACACCCCGGAUAAUGAGCUGAUUUUUGUAUUGACAAAAAAGCCUGACCACGGUCAUCUACUCCAGAGGCUUACUGCUUCUGAGCCUCUGGAGAAUGGGACAAUUUUAGUCCAGGGCUCCUCCUUCACCUACCAGGAUGUUCUGGCCAGCCUAGUUGGGUACAUGCCUGGUGACCCUGGUGUGGCAGUGGAUGAGUUCCAGUUCUCCCUCACUGAUGGCCUCCAUGUGGAUACAGGGACGAUGGAGAUCUACAUAGAACUGCCUACAAGUGACACCCCCCAGUUGGCUGUAAACCAAGGCCUACAGCUCUCAGCAGGGUCUGUAGUACGCAUCACAGAACAGCACUUGAAAGUGACAGAUCGUGACUCAGAUGACCAUCAGGUCAUGUACAUCAUGAAGGAAGAUCCUGGUGUAGGGCGCCUGCAGAUGGUUAAACAUAACAACCUGGAGAAAAUCUCUGUUAAAGGCCCCGUCCGAAGUUUCACCCAGGCGGACAUUAGCCAAGGGCAAGUAGAAUACCAUCAUGGAACAGGAGAACCUGGCGGGAGAUUUGCUCUUAAGUUUGAUGUGGUUGAUGGAGAAGGCAACAAACUGAUGGACCAGUCAUUUUCUAUCAGUGUUUUAGAAGACAAAUCCCCACCAGUCGUCAUCACCAAUAAAGGGCUGGUCUUGGAUGAAAACUCAGUGAAGAAAAUCACCACUCUGCAGCUAUCUGCCACUGACGAGGAUAGCAAGCCUGCAGAACUGAUCUACAGAAUCACCAGGCAGCCCCAGCUGGGCCACCUGGAGCAUGCAGCAGCACCGGGUAUCCAGAUUAGUUCCUUCACUCAAGCUGACCUGACUUCACGAAAUGUUCAGUAUAUCCAUUCUAGUGAGACCGAGAAACUUUCAGAUGCCUUCAGCUUUACCUUGUCUGAUGGAGUCAAUGAGGUGACUCAGACCUUCCAUAUCACUAUUCACCCUGUGGAUGACUCGCUGCCCGUUGUACUGAACUCAGGGAUGCGGGUGCAGGAGGGUGUGAGGAAAACGAUCACAGAGUUUGAGCUCAAGGCGGUGGACGCAGACACAGAGGCCGAGUCUGUCACUUUCACCAUUGUGCAGCCCCCCCGCCAUGGUGCCAUCGAGCGAGCCACCAAUGGGCAGCAUUUCCACCUCACCUCCACCUUCACCAUGGAAGACAUCUAUCAGAACCGGGUCAGCUACAGCCAUGAUGGCAGCAACUCCCUCCACGACUGGUUUGCCUUCACCGUUUCUGAUGGGACAAACCCUUUCUUCAUCACCAAGGAAGGUGAAGAAGAGAUCAUGACAGCAGCACCUCAGCAGUUCCGAAUAGACAUCCUCCCAGUAGACGAUGGCACCCCUAGAAUUGUCACCAACAUGGGGCUCCAGUGGCUGGAGUAUAUGGAUGGCAAGGCAACCAACUUGAUAACCAAGAAGGAACUGCUGACCAUGGACCCAGACACUGAGGACCCACAGCUUGUCUAUGAGAUAACGUCGGGCCCCAAGCAUGGCUACGUGGAGAACAAGCUGCAGCCUGGCAGAGCUGCUGCUACUUUCACCCAGGAGGAUGUGAACUUGGGGUUGAUUCGUUAUGUGUUGCAUGAGGAGAAGAUCCAGGAGAUGAUGGAUAGUUUUCAGUUUCUGGUAAAAGACAGUAAACCGAAUGUGGUCAGCGACAAUGUCUUCCAUAUCCAGUGGUCCCUCAUCAGCUUUAAAUAUACCAGCUACAAUGUCAGUGAGAAGGCGGGAUCUGUCAGCGUCACAGUGCAGAGGACUGGGAACCUGAACCAGUAUGCCAUCGUCCUGUGCCGCACUGAGCAAGGCACCGCCAGCUCCAGCUCCAGGGUCGGCUCCCAGCCUGGACAGCAGGACUACGUGGAGUAUGCAGGCCAGGUGCAGUUUGAUGAACGAGAGGACACCAAGUCCUGCACCAUCAUCAUCAAUGAUGAUGACGUGUUUGAGAAUGUUGAGAGUUUCACUGUGGAGCUCAGCAUGCCAGCAUAUGCCCUGUUAGGGGAGUUCACCCAGGCGAAGGUCAUUAUCAAUGACACCGAGGACGAACCCACAUUACAGUUUGAUAAGAAGACCUACCGGGUCAACGAGAGUGCUGGUUUUCUUUUUGCACCUAUUGAAAGAAAAGGAGAUUCAAGCAGCAUUGUUUCUGCAGUCUGCUACACGAUCCCUAAAUCAGCUAUGGGAAGUAGCCUCUAUGCUCUAGAAUCAGGCUCUGAUUUUAAAUCUAGAGGGAUGUCUGCUGAGAGUCGUGUGAUAUUCGGGCCUGGUGUCACCAUGUCCACCUGUGACGUCAUGCUCAUUGAUGACAGCGAGUAUGAAGAGGAAGAGGAGUUUGAGAUUGCCCUGGCAGAUGCUUCCAACAAUGCCCGCAUCGGAAGGGUGGCAAUGGCCAAGGUGCUCAUUAGUGGUCCCAAUGAUGCCUCCACUGUGUCCCUGGGGAACACAGCUUUCAUGGUCAGCGAGGAUGCAGGCACAGUGAAGAUUCCAGUUAUCCGCCAUGGUACUGACCUUUCUACUUUCACAUCUGUCUGGUGUGCAACACGGCCCUCGGACCCUGCUUCUGCCACCCCGGGUGUCGACUAUGUCCCCAGCUCUAGGAAGGUGGAGUUUGGGCCUGGUGUCACAGAGCAGCAUUGCACCUUAACUAUCUUGGAUGACACUCAGUAUCCAGUAAUUGAAGGACUGGAGACAUUUGUGGUUUUCCUCAGCUCUGCACAAGGGGCCGAACUGACCAAACCCUUCCAGGCUGUCAUUGCAAUUAAUGACACAUUCCAGGAUGUACCCAGCAUGCAGUUUGCCAAGGAUUUGCUGCUAGUGAAGGAGAAGGAUGGUGUCCUGCAUGCUCCUGUCAUUCGCAGUGGAGACCUGAGCUAUGAGUCGUCAGUGAGGUGCUAUACUCAGAGCCACUCGGCUCAGGUCACAGAGGACUUUGAGGAGAGAAGAAAUGCAGACUCUUCACGGAUUACGUUUCUGAAAGGGGAGAAAGUGAAGAACUGUACUGUGUAUAUCCACGAUGACUCCAUGUUUGAGCCAGAGGAACAGUUCAGGGUCUACCUCGGCCACCCUCUUGGAAACCACUGGAGUGGAGCUAGAGUUGGAAAGAAUAACAUGGCCACCAUCACCAUAUCCAAUGAUGAGGAUGCCCCCACCAUUGAAUUUGAAGAAGCUGCAUACCAAGUCCGGGAACCCGCGGGGCCAGACGCCGUUGCAAUUCUGAGCAUCAAGGUGAUCCGCAGAGGGGAUCAAAACAGGACCUCCAAGAUUCGCUGUAGCACACGGGACGGCUCUGCCCAGUCUGGUGUGGAUUAUUACCCAAAGAGCCGAGUCCUGAAGUUUAGUCCCGGUGUGGAUCAUAUCUUUUUUAAAGUCGAAAUCCUGUCUAAUGAAGACCGGGAAUGGCAUGAAUCCUUCUCUCUAGUCCUGGGCCCAGAUGACCCAGUGGAAGCAGUUCUUGGGGAUGUGACCACAGCCACCGUGACUAUUCUAGACCAGGAGGCAGCAGGGAGUCUCAUAUUGCCAGCACCGCCCAUUGUCGUCACACUUGCUGACUAUGACCAUGUGGAAGAGGUUACCAAGGAAGGAGUCAAGAAAUCCCCCUCCCCAGGCUACCCACUGGUCUGUGUCACCCCCUGUGACCCUCAUUUCCCCAGAUAUGCCAUCAUGAAGGAGCGCUGUAGCGAGGCUGGCAUCAACCAGACGUCCGUGCAGUUUAGCUGGGAAGUGGCUGCCCCCACUGAUGGCAAUGGGGCCCGGUCUCCCUUUGAGACCAUCUCCGACAACACACCAUUCACCAGUGUCAACCACAUGGUCCUGGAUAGCAUUUACUUCAGCCGGAGAUUCCAUGUGCGUUGUGUGGCAAAGGCUGUGGAUAAGGUGGGCCAUGUGGGGACCCCCUUAAGGAGCAACAUUGUUACCAUCGGAACAGACAGUGCUAUCUGCCACACUCCAGUAGUGGCUGGGACAGCUAGAGGCUUCCAGGCUCAGUCUUUCAUCGCAACCUUGAAGUACCUGGACGUCAAACACAAGGAGCAUCCGAACAGAAUCCACAUUUCGGUGCAGAUCCCACACCAGGAUGGAAUGCUGCCCCUCGUCUCCACCAUGCCGCUGCACAACUUGCAUUUUCUAUUAUCCGAAUCCAUCUACAGACACCAGCACGUCUGCUCCAAUUUAGUCACCAUCCACGACCUCAGAGGCAUCUCAGAGGCAGGAUUCCUGGACGACGCCGUCUACGACAGCACCGCCCUGGGGCCUGGCUAUGACCGCCCCUUCCAAUUUGACCCCAGCGUGCGGGAGCCGAAGACCAUCCAGCUCUACAAACACCUAAACCUGAAGAGCUGCGUGUGGACCUUUGACGCCUAUUACGACAUGACCGAGUUAAUUGACGUCUGUGGGGGCUCGGUGACUGCCGACUUCCAGGUGAGAGACUCUGCUCAGUCGUUUUUGACAGUACACGUGCCUCUGUAUGUGUCCUACAUCUAUGUGACAGCCCCUAGGGGCUGGGCCUCCUUGGAGCACCACACCGAGAUGGAGUUUUCCUUCUUCUAUGACACUGUUCUCUGGAGAACAGGCAUCCAGACGGACAGUGUGCUCUCUGCAAGGCUUCAGAUCAUAAGAAUCUAUAUUCGAGAGGAUGGCCGUCUUGUUAUUGAAUUCAAGACCCAUGCCAAAUUCAGAGGACAGUUUGUGAUGGAACACCACACUCUCCCAGAUGUGAAAUCUUUCAUAUUGACCCCUGACCACCUAGGAGGAAUUGAAUUUGACCUGCAGUUGUUGUGGAGUGCUCAAACUUUUGAUUCUCCCUACCAGCUCUGGAGAGCCACCAGCUCUUAUAACAGGAAGGACUACUCGGGGGAGUACACCAUCUACCUGAUCCCCUGCACCGUGCAGCCCACCCAGCCGUGGGUGGACCCAGGAGAGAAGCCUUUGGCCUGCACCGCACAUGCCCCAGAAAGGUUCCUGAUACCCAUUGCAUUCCAGCAGACCAACCGCCCUGUACCGGUCGUGUAUUCGCUCAAUACUGAAUUUCAGCUCUGCAAUAACGAGAAGGUGUUCCUAAUGGAUCCAAACACAUCUGAUAUGUCAUUGGCAGAAAUGGAUUACAAAGGAGCCUUCUCAAAAGGUCAGAUCCUUUAUGGCCGAGUACUCUGGAAUCCAGAACAAAACCUUAAUUCUGCUUACAAACUCCGGCUGGAGAAAGUCUAUCUUUGUACCGGCAAAGAUGGCUACGUGCCUUUCUUUGAUCCUACGGGGACAAUCUACAAUGAAGGUCCACAGUAUGGAUGCAUUCAGCCAAACAAACACCUGAAACACAGAUUCCUGCUGCUGGACCGCAGUCAGCCAGAGGUGACUGAUAAGUACUUCCAUGACGUGCCUUUUGAGGCUCACUUUGCUUCUGAGUUGCCUGAUUUCCACGUGGUCAGUAGCAUGCCAGGUGUGGAUGGAUUUAUUCUGAAAGUGGAUGCACUCUAUAAGGUGGAAGCAGGACACCAGUGGUAUCUCCAGGUGAUCUACAUCAUUGGCCCUGACACCAUCUCAGGGCCCCGGGUCCAGCGCUCUCUCACGGCCCCUCUGAGGCGCAACCGAAGGGACCUGGUGGACCCCAGUGGCCGGCUGACCCUUGACGAUUCCCUCAUCUAUGACAAUGAAGGAGAUCAAGUCAAAAAUGGCACGAAUAUGAAGUCCCUGAAUCUGGAAAUGCAAGAGCCAGUUGUAGCUGCUUCUCUGUCCCAAACUGGGGCAUCUAUAGGCAGUGCCCUGGCCGCUAUCAUGGUUCUGCUUCUGGUGUUUUUGGUGGCUUGUUUCAUCACCAAGAAGUGCCAAAAACAGAGGAAGAAGCAGCCCACAGAAGACAUUUUGGAGGAAUACCCUCUGAAUACCAAGGUGGAUGUGCCCAAGAAGAACCCAGACAGGGUGGAGAAGAACGUGAACAGACACUACUGCACUGUGCGAAACGUCAACAUACUGAGAGAAACCGAGGGGACUUACACAUUCAAAGGUGCUAAAGUCAAAAAAUUGAAUCUGGAAGUCAGAGUUCACAACAAUUUACAAGAUGGAACUGAAGUUUAAUGGAGGAGAUCCACGUGUAUUUUUUUCUAAAGUCAUUUUUAUAAAACGGGGAAAAUACUGGUAUUUUUAUAAUCUUACAGAUAAAAAAGGGAAACCUAUAGCUUUGAGUGGCAGACGGCACACAUCACAUGCAUCAACUCACAACUGAGCUACCUCAUUAGACAAAGAACCACUGAGACCCCAGAGUGUUGGAGUAGAGUAAUUCCUGUGGAUCCCUUAUAGUAGUCUCAGCAACUACCAAUAGCUCCUCUGGAAGGCUGAUCUUAGAAAACAAGUAGUUUCAUGUUAGGACAGGAGUUGGACAAUUAGGUUAACUGAUAGAGUUCAGAGGACUGGGGAACGUACCGUAGCAGAGCUCAGAGUGAGUAGGGUCCGAGGCCUUUGGUUCCCUUCCCUACACACAGCUUUCUCCUACUUGGGCUUUUCCUGGGCCUCUGUACAGCAGAGUACAAAUUGUUGACAUGCAGAUUACAUUAAAAAUUCUGCCAAUCAGCACAAUGUAUGUAUUUGCUCAUUGUUUCCACUGGAUGGCCUUUGCUCUGUGGCCUCUAAUUGUACAUUGCUUUUUCAGAGCUCUUUUCCCCUAGUGCUUUCAGUGUGCUUUAAACUAGAGUCGUCCACAGAUCAUGAGAGAAACCUCGGGCCUCUCUUGUCAGACUUCAGGCACAGAGGACUCCCCCUUACAAAGGGGGGAACCAAAACCUGGGAAAAGGAGGGGCCUGGCAAGCAUCUCAGAGCACAUUAGUGGUUCACUUCACCCUAGGCCCAGGGAGAUGUCCUUGUUCCCGACUGGUUUAUUCUGCACUGAGACAUCCCUCCCUGAUGAGGGUGCUGCAAAACAGGAUCAAUGCACCAUGGCCUUUUUAUCAAGCAUUGCUGUGGAGGCUUAAAAAACCCACCAUGCUUUCCUUCUACCCCAGGCUUUGCACAGUCCAAUAAUAGACAAGCCUGUGUGCUUUGCUAGCUACAGGCUUUUUAUUUUGUUAAUGUUUCAGGAAAGUAAGCGAUUCAUUUGAAUAAAGCAAAUAGGAGAAAGCCCAGGUUGGAAUGAAAUCAGAGUUAACAAAUGCCUGCUGGUGCUUCUUGCUGUAUGUCACACAGCAGAUGGAGGCACUGCUACUGGUGCAGUAUUUCAAGGAUUUCUCUUUUGGGGGGUUCUUUUAUGGUAGCUCAGGCACUUAUUUUUGUCAUAUUAGCACAUGACAAAGCCAUAAACACGUGGCUUUAAAAUAAUUUAGUGUUCAACUAUCAACUGAACUAUUUUGUGUGUAGUGUGCACAUACCUUGAUUUGUUUCUUUUUUGUUUCUGCUUAUUGGCAGAAGUAUUAGCAUGCAUGCCAUGGUGUUUUGAAUGAAAGGCAAAAUCCCAUUGUUCAGGAGCAAAAGACGUGUUCUCUUCCUAUUGCAUGGCAUACCAUAAUCACUGAGCAAAUAACUAAGCAUUCACAUGGUGUAAUAUUUGCAUUAGAAUGACUCAAGCUCUUUGAGAACAUUCCAAACUGGAAACACUUUGGUUCUAAAAGCUAGAAAGAAUGAACCAUGAAAAGUUUUAGGGCUCUAAGUUCUACCAGGUUCAACCAGGUUCUAAGUUCCUUGAGAGUAGGGCCUUUCAUUCUUCAGCAGUGCCUUGCAUAUAACAAGCACUCCAGAAAUGUUUGUUGAGUGAAUGAAUGAAUGAUGUAAAGGGUGAGUGAUAGAGGACUAAAUUUAGGAAGGGGAGGUGAGUGAGUAUGCUAUCAAUAUCACGAGGGCAAGUGGACGGAAAAAACAUCUUUUCUACUUGGAUUAUGAAAUAAUCUAAUUGGAGAAAUAAAACACCACUUUACAUAGGCAUGAAUCUGGCAGUAGUCUUAAGAAGGAAUGAACAGAAAAGUCGUAAUAAUGUACUAGUAGGAGGUGAGAGUGUGAAUUGGCAUCCAGAACAAGAAAUUUAGAAGAAAAUCUGAUUUAGCAUUCUGAGAUGAGUAUAAAGUUUUCAAGAGAGGAUGAAUUGGGGUGAGCCCAGAUUCUGAAACUCCUGCCUGUUUGGGUGCUGUUUAAGACCAGCUCAGGCAAUUCAGGGCAGAACUGUACCAUCCUCAUGGAGAGCCAGAAUUGGUAUCUCAUGGCUUGAGUGCUCAUCAGCUGGGCACAGAAUCUUCCCCAGAUUUGGGGAGCAACUUUCCAUUCAGCCAAUAUUUGUAACUGCUCCAGGUGCCAAAAUACUUACCUAUUAAAGCAGCACCUUUCCAUUUGCUCAAAUAAUCUUCUACACCCCUCCCAUUACUAUUAACUAUGACACAUGCAUGGGAAGAGUGCAGACAGGUGGCAGAAUAAAGCUUGUGUGAGAAGGAAUGGAGACUGAGCCCCCAGUGCUCCUAGCAGCCUCCAUGUACAAGGUCUGAAAUGACACUGGCAACAGCCUGUGAGGACCUUGAGGCAGUGAGCUAUGUGUGAAAGGAAAGCCCUUUGCCCAGGACGUGUACUUUGUGGAACACCAGUACUUCUGUAGUGGAUGCACGCUUGUGAAAUAGAAAGCGUUAAGAGAUGUGAUGUUGUAUUUAUCCCUUUGAUGUAGAGUUGUUCAUUUCAUUUAUGUUUUAUACUUCAUCUUAGGGAUCAGAUAAUUUGGUGACUAAUGUGGAUUAUUUUUCAGUCAAAGCUCUGCUUUCACUUUCUCUAAUUUGCUCACUAAUGCCUUGUGUGUGUUUUACUAGCCUUUUAUAUCAUGCCUUCAGGUGAGAAGGAACAAAAAACCCUCAGGGGUUGCUACUUGCUAUCAUAUGCUGGCUGUGAAGGUUGAAAGAAAGAACAGUCAUACCAUUUUUCUGCUUUGCUGUCUCUUAUCGUACCCCAGGCCUCCUGGAGGACUCCUGCAGAUUCCUACUGUUGGGUGGGAGAUAGUGUCAGAUGUGUUUGCACAGUCUUAUGAUAUUCAGUCUCAGUCUCCUAUAGGUAUUUGUUAUUUUUAAAUACAUACACCUGCUCAGACUGAGUAAGACAUUUGUGGUGCUGUCAACCUGAUUUCUUGAUUCUCAACUGAUUUUUGUAUUUCCAAUACGAAUUUGUGUGUUAUGAAUUUCUGAUGUAUCCAAUAGCAUAUGCCACUAUAUAAAUUUAUAUUAAUAAAUG